AUCUCUUCUCUCCCAGGAGUUUGGGGCGGGGGGGACAGUCCACGCUUACCUCGCCCAUCCAGUGAAUGUCUGCUCUUCACCCCUUGGCACAUACUCUCCGGGUUGUUGUUGUUGGCGUUUUUUUUUUCCUUCUUUUUUUGAGGGGGGUGCUUUUUGUAUAUUUUUCAAAUUUUUUCUGUUGGAAGAUCAAGACCGACCAAAAAUCCAUGCUCGAAAUGUGUUUGCAUUAGAUUUCGCCUCGGAGGCAGCGGCGAUCCUGGCAGCCAAGCCCCCCAGGGGCAGCGCGGGGCACAAAGUGGCGCUCCGGCGGGUGACACUGUUUGAUCUGUGACUGUUUGGAAGGUGGAGCAGCGCUGACAUCCCCCGGCGCAUCUUAUGUUCCCGAGGAAGAGUUGAAGGCAGCAGAAAUAGAUGGAGAGCACGUGGAGGAUGGUGGGCUGUCUUUGGACAUCCAGGAGGGCGAAUUUGUGUGUGAUGAAGAGACAGAAAUCAAAGAGGCCCAGAGCUACCAGAACUCCCCCGUCAGCACUGCGACCAAUCAGGACGCUGGCUACGGGUCACCCUUCAGUGAGAACAGUGACCAGCUAGCCCAUUUCAAAAGUUCUUCCUCCAAAGAAGAGAAGGAGGAUCCGCAGUGUCCAGACAGCAUCUCAUACCCCCAGGACAGCUUGGCACAGAUCAAAGCCGUGUAUGCAAACUUGUUCUCGGAGUCCUGCUGGUCUAGCUUAGCUUUGGAUUUAAAGAAGUCGGGGUCCACCACCAGCAACAAUGAUGCCGGCCAGAAGGAGAGCUCCACCCCCACCCCCACGCCCCCUGCCAGCACGGCCAGCACCACGGCCAGCUCCGCCAGCACCAGCUGCAGCACCAGCACCAGCCACAGCAGCACCACCAGUACCAGCAGCAGCUCCGGGUACGACUGGCACCAGGCCGCCCUGGCCAAGACCCUGCAGCAGACCUCGUCCUACGGGCUGCUCCCGGAGCCCAGCCUGUUCAGCACCGUGCAGCUCUACCGCCAGAACAACAAACUCUACGGCUCCGUGUUCACCGGGGCCAGCAAGUUUCGGUGCAAAGACUGCAGUGCUGCCUAUGACACACUGGUGGAACUCACAGUGCACAUGAACGAGACGGGCCACUACCGAGAUGACAACAGGGACAAGGACUCUGAGAAGACCAAGCGGUGGUCCAAGCCCAGGAAGCGCUCCCUGAUGGAGAUGGAGGGAAAGGAAGACGCGCAGAAGGUGCUGAAGUGCAUGUACUGUGGACACUCCUUUGAGUCCUUACAGGACCUCAGCGUCCACAUGAUCAAAACAAAGCAUUACCAGAAAGUGCCUCUGAAGGAGCCAGUGCCAGCCAUCACCAAACUGGUCCCUUCUACAAAAAAGCGAGCACUGCAGGACCUGGCGUCCCCUUGUUCCCCGGAGCCCACAGGCGUGGCCGCAGAGGUUGCCCUGAGCGAGUCCUCCAAGGACCAGAAAACUGCAAACCCCUACGUCACCCCAAAUAACCGCUAUGGCUACCAGAACGGUGCUAGUUACACGUGGCAGUUUGAGGCCCGCAAAGCGCAGAUCCUCAAGUGCAUGGAGUGCGGCAGCUCCCACGACACCUUGCAGCAGCUAACCGCCCACAUGAUGGUCACGGGACACUUUCUGAAGGUGACGACCUCGGCCUCCAAGAAAGGCAAGCAGCUGGUUCUGGACCCCGUGGUGGAAGAGAAGAUCCAGUCCAUACCCCUGCCCCCUACCACCCACACCCGCCUGCCGGCCUCCAGCAUCAAGAAGCAGCCGGACUCCCCGGCAGGCUCCACCGCGUCGGAAGAGAAGAAAGAGCCCGAGAAGGAGAAGGCGCCGGCGCCGGCAGGCGACGUGGACAAGAAGAUCAAGGAGGAGAGCGAGGAUGCCACGGAGAAGUUCGAGCCCACUGCCCUCUACCAGUACCUGCGUGAGGAGGACCUGGACGACAGCCCCAAGGGGGGCGUGGACAUUCUCAAGUCCCUCGAGAACACCGUGUCCACCGCCAUCAGCAAAGCGCAGAACGGCGCGCCCUCGUGGGGCGGCUACCCCAGCAUCCACGCCGCCUACCAGCUGCCGGGCACCGUGAAGCCGCUGCAGGCGGCCGCGCACAGCGCGCAGGCGCAGCCGUCCUACGUGGGCAGCGUGAAGCCGCUGUCCUCCGCAGAGCACAACGCGCUCCUGCACUCCCCCGGGAGCCUCACGCCCCCGCCGCACCGGAGCAACGUGUCCGCCAUGGAGGAGCUGGUGGAGAAGGUCACCGGCAAGGUCAGCGUCAAGAAGGAGGAGAGGCCGGCCGAGAAGGAGAAGAGCUCCCCCGCCAAGGCAGCGUCUCCCCUGGCAAAGGAGAAUAAAGACUUCCCCAAGUCCGAGGAAAGUGGUGGCAAGCAGCUGAAGAAGGGCCCGGAUGCCGAGGCCGGCAAGGCCAGGAAGGAGGGCCAGGUGGAGGCGCACACCCCCAACGGCACGGACCCUCUCAAGGCCAAGGUCACCAAUGGCUGUAACAACCUGGGCAUCAUCACAGACCACUCGCCGGAACCUUCCUUCAUCAACCCCCUGAGCGCUUUGCAGUCCAUCAUGAAUACCCACCUGGGCAAGGUGUCCAAGCCUGUGAGCCCCUCUCUGGACCCACUGGCCAUGCUGUACAAGAUCAGCCACAGCAUGCUGGACAAGCCCGUCUACCCCACCACCCCGGCGAAGCAGACCGGCGCCAUCGACCGGUACUACUACGAGAACAGCGACCAGCCCAUCGACCUGACCAAGUCCAAAAGCAAGCCCUUGGUCUCUGGUGUGGCCGACUCGGAGUCGUCGCCUCUCCGGGAGAGCGCCCUCAUGGAUAUCUCCGACAUGGUGAAGAACCUCACUGGUCGUCUGACCCCCAAGUCCUCCACACCCUCCACCGUGUCAGAGAAGUCUGAUGCAGAUGGCAGCAGCUUCGAGGAGGCGCUGGACGAGCUGUCGCCUGUUCACAAGAGGAAGGGGCGCCAGUCCAACUGGAACCCCCAGCACCUGCUCAUCCUGCAGGCUCAGUUUGCAUCUAGCCUGCGGGAGACCGCUGAGGGCAAGUACAUCAUGUCGGACCUGGGCCCACAGGAGCGGGUGCACAUCUCCAAGUUCACUGGUCUCUCCAUGACCACCAUCAGCCACUGGCUGGCCAAUGUGAAGUACCAGCUGAGGAGGACAGGGGGAACAAAAUUCCUCAAGAACCUUGACACAGGGCAUCCUGUUUUCUUUUGCAACGAUUGUGCCUCUCAAUUCAGAACUGCUUCCACCUACAUCAGCCAUCUGGAGACGCACCUGGGCUUCAGCCUGAAGGACCUCUCCAAGCUGCCACUCAGUCAGAUUCAAGAGCAGCAGAAUGUCUCCAAAGUCCUCGCAAACAAGACUUUGGGCCCGCUGGGGGCUGCCGAGGAAGACCUGGGCUCCACAUUCCAGUGCAAGCUCUGCAACCGGACCUUUGCGAGCAAGCACGCAGUCAAACUGCACCUUAGUAAGACGCACGGCAAGUCCCCGGAGGACCACCUGAUCUACGUGACCGAGCUGGAGAAACAGUAGCGUCCAGGUUUGCAAGUGACCGCAGAACAUUGCACUAAACGUCGUCGUACUGCACUAGGCCUGGCCUGAGCCGCUGAAAUCAGUCUUUCCUUUGUUGCUGGACUGCCUCUCUGGACCUUGGUUUUUCUUACACAUAUUUUGUAGUUAUAUUUAUAUGCUCUUUGUCUGAUCUGUGCAUGUUAUUUUUCUUUUUCUGUGAGUCAAAGUCUGACCUUUAUUUUCAACAUCUGUUCUUGAUGUUAAGCUAUCUUUUGUAGGAAAUAGUGGGGCACACUACUCAGAGACCUUAUUUAGCAGUAAAGAAAGACACAAAUAGCAAUGAUAAAAAGACAUCCUAAAAUUACAAAGUUGCCAUGACAAUAAAGGUCAUAGAACCUGGUGGUGUCAAAUUUAACCCUUUGAGGAUGUAAUUGCAUCUCUGUGCCUUUCACUCAAAAAAAAAAAAAAAAAAAAAAAAAAGGGAAAGAAAGAAAAAAAGGCUUAAAGGCAUUUCAUUCAGAUCAAAAGCUGUGUCAGACACAAAACUUAUUUAAUAAUUAAAAAAUGAGCUUUUAUAUGCAGGACUGGUUUGCGAGGGAAACAUGCAUGCAGCCAUUGCAAGGCAGAAAGCUGUCGAGGACUCAUGGGCAAGGAGGCCACGACUCCACAUGUUUAAAACAAAAACCACAAGCAGCAACAGCGACCCCCGUUGCCACUAUGCCCAAACCCUCUGGAUGCUGAAAGUGACACUUUGGCAAAAAAGAAAAAAAAAAAAAAAAAGAAAAAGAAGUAUGCAAGCUAUUAUUUAAAAAUGUGUAAAAAUGCUAUUUCUUUUUUCCUGUAAAAUACUGCCGUUUAUAGUUAUUUACAAAUGUAAGCUUUGGUACAAGCUGACCUUUCUAUAGCGUGCUGCAUUGGUAAAUGAAAAAAAAAGGGGGGGGCAAAUGUUGAAGUCCUUUUCCUUGUAAGUUGCCAGCAUCAGCUUAAAAACUCCUGUAUGUUACAUAUCGUAUCAUUUUAAUCUAUUCCGCUUUCUUUGUACCUUCUGGCUGUAUGCUUUCUCUUUUAACUUUUUAUAUUGUCAUUUUAUAUUAAAUUUCUGUGUAUAUAAUGUAAAACCACAAUUUUUGAAUAAAAUUUAGUUCCUGCAGCUUGAUUUAAACAGAGAAAUCUUCCUGGCACCUGCGUCUUCCCUGAUGCAUGUACUCAGAGGAACUAUCAGACAAAAAUAAAUAAAUAAAAACCAAGCGAGCACUGCACUAUUAAUUAUACAUUUUGAUGUUCUGUCAUUAAUAUUGUACAGUACAUUUUGGUUCACACAAUUAAAUCCACUGUUUUCUCAAAUGUAAAAUAAACCCACACGCAGUUCUUGAUUUA